AUGAGUUUGGAGCUCAUGACCGGACGCCGCUCCGUGUCACCAACAAGCUCUGGACGAUCUUCGCCUGUGCCACGCACAGAGCACCGUCGAGCCGUCGAGGACGAACUCUUCAGAGCCGACAAGGGACUUCGUCGCUACGGAGCGUUGGUUGAGCGAGCAGUUGCAUCAUGGGAAACCUCGCCCCACGAGUGGGCUGACUACAUUGCCUUCCUGAACCGCCUCUUGAAGGCAAUACAAGCCCACCCCAAGGAUGUUCCGACUCUGCCGCACACCAACGCUGUGGCAUCAAAGCUGGCUCAAUGCUUGAAUCCUGCUUUGCCUUCGGGUGUCCAUCAGAGGGCACUGGAAGUUUACGACUAUAUCUUCUCGAAGUUUGGUUCCGAAUAUGUAGCCAAUCACCUCCAGGACUACCUGCCUGGCCUGGCUCCCGUCCUUGCCUUCGCUUCGCUGUCCAUCCGGCCAGGCGUCUACCAUCUCUUCGAGGACUAUAUACUGGAUGCACCUAUCAACGAGCUCCGGCCUGCUCUCAAAUCCAUGGUUUCAAGUGUGUUACCAGCCCUCGACGAUGAGACCAGCGAGGAUUUUGAACGUGCAGUCCUGAUACUGCAGCGACUCGAGGUGCAUUUUGCUCAGGGACCUACCAGUGAUUCAGCUGGACUCUUCUGGCAGAGCCUGUUCCUAUGUACGAUGACUAGUCCUAGUCGGCGCCCGGGUUCGCUGAAUUAUCUGGUACGUAGGUUACCGCGAUUGGUGGUGAACAGGAACCAAUAUCCAGGACCAGCACUAGCAUCGGCUCCGGGAGCAGAGGUAGAUCUGCCAGACGAUCUGCUAGCAAUAAUAUCUCCUGAGCCGGGGCUACUAAUCCGUUGCUUCGCAGCGGGCUUGACUGACGCUCAAGCGUUGGUACAACGUGGUUUCUUAGACUUAUUGGUAACUCAUCUACCGUUCCACUCGCCAGUAAUGAGCUCCAUUUUGGACCGAGAUGAUAUCGAUCUGCUAAUGACAGCUGCCUUGUCCAUCCUGCUUCGUCGCGACAUGGGACUCAAUCGCAGACUAUGGUCAUGGAUGCUAGGUCCAGAUACUAAGGAAGCACGAGACGGAAAGCUCUUUCCAUUUGCGACCAAGGACAGUUCGAGCGACAUCCUUCCCAGUCAGCAAAUUACAUACUUUGUGGAAGGCGCACGACCUUCGCUUCAACGUUCGAUACUUACUAUGCUAUCGUCGAAAUCUGAUGACCCGAGCCAGAGAGGUCGUGCGUACCUUAUUUGUCUCUCGCUUAUGGACACAUGGCAGAUUGGCGGCUCACUCCUACCCGAAAUCUUCUUGCCUGCGCUCCAACAUCUUUAUGAAUACAGUCUAUCAGCAGAAUCAGCAGCAUUCUCGGAGGUACUCACAAGCGCAAGCCAAUUUUUUGACAGCGUGGAGGCUGGUUUGAUUUGGUCGACCAUCGUCAGCAUCCUGCAAGACGCAUGCAAACAAAGCAACAAGAGAUCCUUGAGCAUGGUAUCAUGGCUUCUCAAACACUUCAACGUACAAGACCAAGAGAUGAGACAGGUACAUGCACCAUUAGCCAUGACCUACCUGGUGGAGAUGCUUGCCCGUCCAUUGGAUGGCAGUAUGGCGCCUGAGAUGCUGUCUCUCGGGUUGGACGUUGCAGAGCACCUUCUCGCAAUGGUCCCGGACUUCCUAUUCCACCGUGCUGCACCAAAGACGCGGGAUAGCUCCGUAGUUGCGAAGGAGCCUAGCGACAUUGACGUGGCACAAAUUAUCGGUGACUUCUAUUUCGAUGCUUCAUCAAAGACUGGCAAACGCCGUCCACCUCUUGAUGCCCGCUCACUAGGCAUGCGUACACUGCAUAGGCUGACGGAGCUAUCAAUACGUUGUCUCCAAGCGAGCAGUGUCGGUUCCGUUCAGCAAAGUAUCGAGCUUCUCGUUAGCUUGCUAGCUAAGCUUGGGGACGACCUAGAGACAGCACCCGUACGCUUGUUUAGCACGCUGAACGAGUAUCUACAGCCGAUCAACGCUGAAGGACGUACAGUGCCUGUCCGUGUGUUGAGCUCUGUCACAAAUCUUCUCGCCAGUGGUGGAGGUGUUGCGCUAGCUUCCGCACCUCAGCUCUUGCAUCUGGUCAAUUCACUCGCAACACACUUAUGGAGCCAUCUGUCACCACGACGGCCGAAGUAUCAUGUAGAAGUGGUGAAGUGUCUUUGGCAGAUCGAGCGUGCUGCAGCACCUUCCGAUGCCUUCGAAGUGGCACUUCUCGAAUUGCUGGGGCCAGCCUGCUGGACUCCGAAAGCCAUCAAGUUGCGUACCACCCUGGACCGGGAGACUCUCGAGCGCUUCAUGGUAUUGUGGAAUCAUACCCUUCUAUCCAAACCCUCGGCCGCAGGGGCAAUAUCGGGCAGACGUAGCAGCGCCACGUCCGUUGUGAUAGAUACCUCGCAAGCAACACACCGGGUUAAGCUGUUAACCGAGCCGCUUUUCGCCAUUUUAGAUUCGCUGGCGGAUCCAGGUAGUGAGACUUUUGAGACGAUUACUCUCUGGUUGGGAAGCUUACCUACCUUGGACAGUGUCCUUGGUUGUCUGUUGGCCCGUUAUUGGAGUAUCCGUAGUGAUGUUGGCUCAAGCAGCAUCAUCGCGCGAGCGGAGGACGAGCGCAGUCGCGAAUUGACGUAUGUCUGUGGCCUGCUCCAGUCCGUGUUUUCCUCCGCCACCCCAUGGACAUGGCAAUGUCUGAAGAGCACGGAGUCGCUGAAUGACCAGACACCAUCAGACGACGGCGUGGUAAUGCUCCUUAGAUCUUUGCUGGAUCUCCUGAGCUCGGCCAGUACUACAGACUCGAAAUUGCGUCGCGGAGUCCUGAACAUUGUCGAUAUGAUCCUGACCAAAUCUGACAGUACGGAGAUCUUUCAUAUCGAACUUGAGGACCUACUGCUGGACUUUGCGAUAGCGUGUCUUCGCCAGAACGAUAGUGCAUCGCAGGGAUUGCUUCUAUCAGUGAUCACCAAAGCAAUGCUGGGACGCCUGCAUCAAUCGCGUAAUGUCGGUGCUAUCGAAGAGAGCCGCAUCAUAUCUCUGCGUGGUAGACCGUCACCAGCAGCAGACAAGAAGGUAGGCAAUGCCACAAAUGGCAAUACACAUGACAGUAUUGUCCCACCGAGCCGACUGCUAGAGUGUCUAUUACUGUCGUUCGCGAGUGUAUCAGCAAGAUCUCGCAUGGAGCAAUGGGUGAGCUUUAUCUCAGAUGUGCUUCCAGUCUUUGCUGGCGCGAUUUUCACGAGCUUACUCCCACUGGUCGAAACGAUAUGCAAGCAGCUGCAGAAGGUCUUCUCUGAAUUACUGGUUCUUAGUUCCACGCAAGAAAAUGUGGACUCAAGCCACCCAGACAACACGUUGCUGUGCUUGCUGGAUGCCCUCGAGCUCAUAUUAGCAAAAGCGCACGAACAACUUGAUGCCGGCAACCUUGAAGAUGAGCCCUCCAAACCCACGGAUUAUUCAGUCGGUCUUCUAACAACCACCGGAUCUGGUGCAAAAUUGUCCAGUGGUCUCUUAAGCAAGACUUCGCAAGCCAAUAGUCGUUUGACGGUCAUACUAGCGUUUCACGAUGCGAUACGUGCUUGUUUCAAAAUAUGGACUUGGACAAACUGCUUCUCUGCCGGCGACGAUUACGACAAGUCAGCGUCUACCACCACAUCGUACUAUGCUUCGAGGCUCCGAAACAAGACUCGCUAUCUUCUAGAGCAGAUGUUCCUGGUAGAGCCGCUCGAAAGUCUCGAAGCACUUCUACGUGAAUGGCUGAGCAACGAGCCCGCUUAUCUCGCAGGCAAUAUUGCUACAAUAACUUUGCUACAAGCAAUGCAGAGCACCCGACCGAAGUAUGUGCUGCCGAUUAUCAUAGACGCAUUGUGCUGUCGCAUGAACAGCGGACCGAGCCAAGGACCUAGACAUUCCAGUCUGACGAUUGAGCUGCUUCCUGCCGAAAUUGCACUUUUCCUCCAUAUCUACCUCCAGUCCAUCGAGGAUGAUGCUAUGGACGAAGUGUGGAACAACUGCGUCUCCUUCCUCCGCGAUGUCCUGACAAACCCGCUUCCAUAUCGAAACAUCAUGCCCAUACUGCUGUCCAUGGCACAUGUGCUGGCCGAGAAAGCUCACAAUACCAAUUUUGGGGAGCAGAGGAAGAUGCGAAAGGAACUCGCAGACAUCUUUCAGAAGCUUUUAGCUGCUACUUUCUCGACGUUGCCUGGGGGGUCGUCUUCGUUGGGCCAGUCUGAACAGACUCGCAUACACAAACCUCCUGGUGAGCUCGAUAUGGCCCUUGCUCCGGUUCUGUCACGAAUCGUGGCCGAUCUCGAUGUGCUCGUCGAUAGUGUCGACCGUGCUACUGCUGUUGUAAACAGCAUAUCUAGCAAUCUGCUGAGUCCUGGUAUUCAUGGCAAAAACUUUCCUUCUAGUGUGGGAUCGGACGAGCUUGAAUUGCUGCUUACAAUUGCGACUUCUCAACCUUCGGCUAAGGCAUGGAAGAAAGAUGUCGCCGAUGCUGUCAACGACCCUCGCCUAUUUGCGUCAUCGCCUGCACUGAUGUUUGACUUAUGGUUUCCCAUUCUGCAUCAAUGGACACUUCGCGAUCGAGAGCGUAUGCCGGAACUUCUGGCACGUCUGAUAGCACCUUCCAGCGCGGGAAUCAUGUUCGGUGUAGGCGCCAACGCCGCCCGGCUCGACGCUGACCGGAAAACGCAGUUCAACAUUCGUCGAAUUUGCUUGAUACUGCUAUCCUCGCCAUCUGACACUUGGGCUACCUAUUUGCGCGACUUUGACGAGAAGAUCGAGGAGCUGUUCAGUGCUACUUCUUCUUCAUCCCCAUCGUCUGCGAUCAAAGCGGAUCUAUACUUGUUUUACAAGGCACUGACAUUAUCAUUCGGCCCAGCUCAGCUAUCUCCCCUAUGGCCAAGCAUCAAUGACAACCUUCGCGGAGGCCUGCUGAUGGCGACACCAUCAAGUCAUACUACUCAAGCGCUACCAAAUCUUGGCCUCUUGCAGGCCUGUAAACUGCUUGAUCAGCUCAUCACCAUAUCGCCGGACGAGUUUCAGCUCCACGAGUGGCUUUACAUAACGGACACAGUCGAUGCGGUCUACCAACCACUGGAUCAGUCUCCUACUGCCCUGGCAGAUCAAAUCGUGGAGGCUUUGGGCACUGACAGCGCUGAUGGGAGCCAGACGGUGCCACGGUCAUCCACGCGUGCAGAUGGGAUGUCUGGUCGCCGCCCACUACUUAUCGAUAGCGUGGUAGACCAGGAAGAUGUCAAGGCGAUGCGUCGCGACGACUUUGCUAAGUCUAUCGUGCGUCCUUUCCUGAGUCAGCUAAGCAUCCAUGCAUACGAGAGUGUAUAUCGCAGCGAUGUAGCCAGCAUAGAGUCUUGUCGACAAGCUCUGCUGCAAGAUCUACUGGAUACAGGCACCAUCGUCGACUGA